AUGCAUUAUUGUAUAAUAAUCAGUUUUAUUUUAUUACAUUUACUAAGUCUAUAUGGAAUUAAAACACUUCAAGAUGUAAAUAAAGUCUCCAUGUUAUAUAAUGGAAAUAUGACGACUAAUACAAGUAAUACUGGUCCUGUUAAUGGUUUGCCUAUUGAUACAACAGUGAUAUGCUCCUCUGAUAAUCCAGUUACUCAUACAUCUGUUGGAAUAUAUUGUGGUUUGCGUGAAAUUGUUCAUUGGCCAAAUGGACCAGCAUCAGUAGUUGAUGUUUAUUAUGGUAUACGAUAUGCUCAAUCACCAACUGGAUCAUUACGUUUCAGAAAGCCUGUUGAACCUAAGCCUGAACCGAAGAAAGUAUUUAUGGCUGAUAAGCUACCUGCAACAUGCCCCCAACCGAAAGAUACCAUGUUUCAGAAUUCGGCAGCAGCUAGAAUGUGGGUGCCAAAUACACCAAUGUCAGAAGAUUGUCUUUUCUUAAAUAUUUGGGUACCUUCACAACAGUCGAAUGACAAUCAUUCAAAUUCCAAGGAAAACUUGCAGUUAUGUUAUGGAUAUACGGUGGAAGCUUUUACAUGGGUACAUCUACACUGA